GAUCACAUUGUUUUUCAUAUGCAUACAUAAGAGAUCGCUUGUUUUGGUGUCUUCCUUACUUUUGUUUUUGAUCUGCACAUACUAGACUCAUUCAUGAGAUGCGUAAUAGCGCCCCUGAAUGUAUAACAGCGAGAACAUGAAAACCUUGGUAAAUUCAGUGUUUGGUGGGGAAACGUUGUCUCAUGAAACCCGGAAAACUCUGUGUUUGGCAGGGAAAGAGUUAAGCAAUGGAAUUAACAUACUUGCUUACAAGUUACUGCAUUACUGUUGGAUCCAUAUCUUGCCGUAAAGGUCUGUUUGCUGAGCCUGUCAAAUUGCAACUGGUUUACCGGAGAAUUCACAGCACACUAACAUCAGAAGGUCCGAGGCUAAAGAAGCAUUGAUAUAGAAACACCUGAAGUCCUUAUGCAUACCAGCUGUGAAGGUGCACCAUGAAUUGUGAAGAGCAGGGCAUGGGGAGGGUAGUCCAUUCCUGGGCCAGAUUUGCCCCAGCUGGACAAACUGCCCUCGAAGAGGCCCUGAGGGUCUUUAACCCCAUGUCCAAGGACCUGUCGGACACCGAGAGACAAAUGAUGUCCUUUCUUCAAGAGCUGAGAAAGGAGGGAGCCAAGCCUGUGAUUUUGAGGAGCAAAGAUGUGUACGGAUACACGUCUUGCACCACAGAGCCAAUUACUUCCAGGAUUGGCAGCAAGGUUCAGAGAGUGCCGAAACCUUCCAAGAAGCGAGGGCGGAAAGGUUUGAGCAAGACCAAGGAUGUGAAUUAUGCGAUGCUCAGUAGAGCAGCAAAGAGUAUUCUCCAAAACCAACCCAAGAUCCUGCUUACCAAUCUCUCGGUGGACAGUCUUAAGCAGAAUGUUGCAUCGUCAACGCUAAAAAAACAUUCUGUUCAAGCACAGCAGUGCCUCAAGCUAACAAACAUAAAGGGGUUGACCGGAGGCCACACUGCGAGGUUGCAAAUUCACUUUGGUGCAGAUUCAAAAAGCGUCCCCAGUUUUGCUCUGGGGCGGCCACCGGAUCUCUCCGGAAUUCCACACUCUCCAACGGAAAAUGGCAGUCAGACCUCAAAUGUAGUUGCCUUGGACAACAAACAUGUUUUGUCAUGUCCAUUCAAAGUAGAAGAUGCCCUGAUUGGAGACUCUGCCCCAGUCGUCUGUCAGAAUGGGUUCGGUCUUAAAGAUGGUAGCAUUUAUAAAAAGAUGGAAACUGUAUCAGGUAAACCUGAUGUGAUGACCAGUGGUCUGGACAAUGGUUCAGUGAGGAGACUCCGUUUCCAAAGCUAUAACUGGUCCCAGUCAACACUCACCAAUGGCCAAGACGUUUCUAGAUUGAAUGGCAAUGGUCUUGAAUGGAAGGUUAUAAAAGUAGAUGACUCGGUCACGGAUGAGGAGGUGAGGAGAAAGGCACAGAAAAUCUUGCAAGUUAACUUGUCGCCUGUGAUACAGAUCCAUCCCCUUGUUGACUCUGUAUAGACCCUUGCUACAGACUUUUUGUUUUGUUUCCUUUUUUAUGUUCUCUUGUUUUGCAGAGUUGCAUUUUCUGGAAACAAACCCAAGGUUAUGUCUGAAUGGGAGCAUUGCAGUUACCUCCAAAUUUUGCAUUGUCGUCAAGUAGUUACUGACAUCAUAAUCCAAAGAUGGGAUACUUUUUUUCUGCUCUCACAGUAUUUUGUUUCCCCAACACAUCCCAACCUACCUUUAUUUUGUGUAUUUUUAUCUAACUUCUGAAGGAUUGGACUGAUGAACAAAACCUUAUUUAUGACUAUGCAGUUCCCAGAAUGCUCCUUUUGUUGGAAAACUGGGCAUGGACUGCUGUCUUACUGGAUCAUUGGAACAGACUGAAUUUGUAGAGUGAUUUAUUACAUGCUACUGCUUGAAAAGACAAUGAUAGCCUAACCUAAGUUGGUCUUUAUGGUUUUCUACACCCUUGGAUCCUGCUGAUGUCUAUGUCACCCAGGUUUUUUGACAUCACCAGUUUUGUAAUAUGUUAGUCUGCUGGCAUAGACUGCAUAUGAUAUUUUUGUUUAGACUCUAACAUGUUCAAAUUGGGGGCACUUUUUACAUAUUAAUUUAAUUUCAGGGCAAAAUAAAUGGCCUUAUUCUUUGAGAAGAGUAAAAUUUAACUGAAUCUUUUACUCUUUCCUUCUCAAUGUACUUGUUUCUUUCUGCACUCCACUUCUCAUAAAUUCCUCGAAUGUUUCUUUUAAUGUGCCAACCCUGGUUUUCCGUUUCUUUACAGUUUUGUUGGUACCAUGACCACAAAGAAUUGCAAAAAAAAAUUGCUUCAUUUUAAGAGUUCUCAGAAUCCCGUCAAGCAGUGGACUUGCUUGUCCAUUGAUUGAACGUACCUCAAACACUUGAAUAAGAAAAUGUUAUCAUCAUUAAUCCUGCAGUUAAUUAUGUAUAUUGUUCAUUCCAUGCAUCCAUAAGUUGGUUAGUCCUUAUUUAUGUUUGAUGAUUUGUGGCCAUCUUGAUCGCCUUCUACACAUUUAACCAAAUUCUGAAAUUUCAAACUGAUCUUCAAAGGGGUGGUUUUUAUCCAGCGAUUUCUGAAGGAAGCAAAUUGGAAAAGAAAAACUUCAUUCAGGUUGUCUGUUAAAUCUCCCCAAGAUGUUUUAUUAAGGUCAGUGUUCUGCCUCACCAGGUUUCAUUUGCUGAGGGUGAUUCAUGUGCAUAGAGCAUUUUUUUUUUUUCAAACUAAUGUAGAUGAUGGCAAUGCAGCAGUUUAUUUAUCAUUUAAUUUUUUUUAUAAAUUUAAGUUUAGAGUUAACCAGCAUAUGGCUUCCAUUAAAAAAAAACAACAACUUUCAUCCACACACAAAAUACAAGCAGAAUUUGUUUUCCUGUUAAUCAGUUUUUAUUUCCAUCCAGUUGAAUCUGUGACACUCAAAAGCUGUAAAUGUCAGUGUUGUAUCUUUAGUUACUGUUAUCACGUUGUGGAUUAAAAUAUGUUUGAGAA